CAGGGCCAUAGCAAGCAGAUUGUGACCCUGUCAUUUUCUUCUAAUGGCGCUGCUCUUGUCUCAGAGUCCAACAACAAGACCGCGAUUGUCUGGGAUGUUAAACGUGGCUAUAUACUCCAACAUCUCACAGAACAUUGUUCAUUGGUGGACAAUACCAUAUAUUCCCCUGAUGGCACACUCAUUGCCACAUCUGACUUGAAGAAAUCUGUGAAGAUUUGGGAC